AUGGCUAAUUUAAUAAUUGGUGUAACACUUUCUGUUUCAGCACUUUAUUUAUUAAGAAUGUUUUUUAAAGGGAAACGUUUUAAUGAAAAUGUGACUGCUGAAAAUAAAGUUAUAGUUAUUACUGGUGCUACUUCUGGAAUAGGGAAACAACUAGUUCGUGAACUUAACAUUAGAGGAGGAAAAGUUUAUAUGUUUUGUCGAGAUGAAGAUAAAGCUUUUGAUGCUAGAUUAUCUUUAAUUAAGUAUGGUUGUGAUCCAACACGUAUGAUAUUUAUUCAAUGUGAUCUUACAAAUUUAUCUUCAAUUAAAAAAUCUGUUGAUCAAUUAAAAAAAGAUGAGGCAGUUCUUGAUAUUCUUAUUAAUAAUGCAGGUAUAAUGUAUUAUCCAAAAUUUGAGUUAACAAUUGAUCAAUGUGAAGUAACGUGGCAAACAAAUUAUCUUGGACAUUUUGUACUUACUGAACUUUUAACACCUUUAUUGCAAAAAUCUAUAGAAGGUGGAAGAAUAGUUAAUGUUAGUAGUGGAUUAGAAAGUAGUUGUAAAGAGAUUAAUUUGGAAAGAAUCAACUCUUCUGAUUAUUUUGAUAAAAAAGAAGCUUAUAAACGAUCCAAAUUAGCACAGAUUAUGCAUGCAAUUGAAUAUACAAGACGUAUAAGAUCAGCAGAUCCUGAUACAAAAAUUACAAUCAAUUCAUGUGAACCUGGUAUUGUAAAUACUAAUCUUUUUAGACAUACAAUAUUAGGAAAUUCCUGCAUCAAUAUUACAACUUUACCAUUUAGAUGGUUUUUUUUCAAAACAUCUAAUGAUGGUGCACAAUGUCCCUUGUUUCUUGCAUUGAGUAAAAAGGUUGCUUCAAUUUCAGGAAAACACUACACUAACUGCUCAGAAAAGUAUGGAAUUAACAUUAUUGCAUCAGAUGCAAAUAAAUGUUCUGAGUUAUAUGAUUAUAGUAUGCAAUACAUAUAA